AUGUGUGUGGAGAUGGUGGUCAUCUGUAAGAAGAACCAGAAGAGCAGCACCAGCACCAGCACCAGCAGCAGUGUGGGACCGGUCGCCGUCCAGAGCAUGAGCCAAAGCACUGCUCGGCUCUCCUGUGUGUUCAGAGACAUGAACCGGUGGACUGCUGCUCCGGUCGUGUGGAGCCCACUGGAGGCCAGUCCUGGUCACUGCAGCAUGAUCUCCUCUCUGCUGCAGGACCUCAGCCUCACCACAGCGCCCCCUACCAAACGUCAGUGUCGCUCUCUCUCCUGCUCUGACAAUCUGGGACAAUCCAUGUGGCGUCCACAGGGGUCUGGUCUCUGGACAUCUGUGAAGAAGCGACGAUGUCACAGCGGAGGCAGUGUCCCGCUGUCGUCCUCAGGGUUCACCUUUCCUCUGAUCCACCGAAGCCUCAGCUCCAGCCUCAGCCCUCCUCCCCUCUGCUGUCCUCCCUCCAGUCCGGACUCCCCCCUUUCCAGUCCGGACUCUCCCCCUUGGAGUCAGUCCCAGUCCUGUGUAAACGACCGGAGACUCGCAAUGAAGAGGAGACGGCAGGAGGAGACCAGACCAUCACUUGAUCUCACAAAGAUGACACAGAAGCUGCAGAGUUUCCACAGUCUCAGCUGUCGGUCUCAGAUCUCAGACUCACACAAACCAAACACCUUCACAUCAGCGCUUGCUCCUCUGUGUCCCGCCGUGGAAGUGACGACCCCCCCGACACACGGAGAGACUGUGUGGACCAGGAGGAGCAGCUUCAGUGCCCUGGGAGGAGAGCUGGACAUUGAACAAAUUGAAAGAAACUGA